AAGCAAAACAUUAUAGUCAGAGAGAGAUAAAAAUAAACUAAGAACAUUAUUUCUACAGCGGCGAACGUAAUUAUUGGAGUUCACAGUGCAAACGUCAGCGUCCUCAAUUGACCGUGAAACUUGGAGUUUUCACUUCGUGGUUUUACGGAAAACGGCUGAAAUGUAUCAGACAGAACGCAUUGCCACGUGCUGCUAUUGAAUUCUGAAUCAAACCCCAUUGUUUUUUGCCAUCGGCGUCCGCGUUGCCGUUGUCGUUGCUUAAGAUCCCUUUUGUUUGACACAAGAAGGAACACAGAGCUGAGAUCGUCCGCCAUCUUGAAUUUUUUCCCGCGAAAAGCCAAGGUCAACUUUCCAGUAUUUGGAAAGUAAACGCUGAUUGGCUAAUUCGUUUUGCCGCUCUCCAGGGAAUCGUGGUCCCAAAGAGCGGCGCGUGAUGAAUGAAAACCUUGCCUUAGGUUAAAGUUUUAGAAAACUAGCAAAACUAUGAGUCGAUAUGCGGGUUCUUGCAAAGUGAAGCAUCAGUACUUCGUGGUUAUUUGUGUAUUUGGAGUGUCAUCUAUAUUCUUCUUUUGCCUGAGUGGUGAUUACAGAGCGCAACCUUGGAUGAGAAAUAAAACGUCACCUAGAUCGGAAAAUGCACUUUCCAAUAGGACUUACGACAGGGAAGAACGAGCUGAGAACUCAACUUCAAGUGCGGAUUUUAUCAAAAAGAUAAAGGUGACGGUUUUUAUGGGAAUAAUAACAGCACCUAAACGUGUAGACCGGCGGACAGCUAUCAGAGAAACUUGGUUAAAAACACUCGAUCACUACUCGGAGAUAGGGAUGCGUUUUUUUACGGAUGGACUUGGACUAAGUAAGAAUGAAACACUGGCUUUGCAGCUAGAGCAAGCGAAGUAUGGCGACUUAGAAUUUCUUCCUUUAAAAGGUGGAGUGCGAUUUACCUAUCGCUUAUUGUGGAUGAUGUUUUUGGCUUUAGAAAAAUAUGAUUUUAAAUUUAUCCUUAAAACUGACGACGAUUAUUUCGUUUGUUUGGAGCAUUUAAACUUCGAUAUCCGCUUCAGAUUGCAAGAAAAGCUCCUAGUCUGGGGAUGGUUUCACUGUGAACGUGGUUCCCAGUGGACCGACGAAGGCCUCAUCAUAUUCGGCCGAGAUUUUGUCGAUGAACUCGUCAAACUAAACGAAACAUUACAGUGCCACCCGUUUGGGGACCAAGCGAUUGGAUUGUGGAUUAAUGCCUUGGCGAGUUAUGGAUCUGAAGUGACGUUUUUCGCUGACAACACGAGACUGUUGCAUGUGAAUUCUCUCGAUUCUGAACCAUACCUAAAAAACAGCGAUCUCUGCACAAGGUUUCUAGGCAUUCACCAGGCCUACCCUGAACGAAUGAGAGAGUACUGGAGUUUAGUAAAGACAAAUUGGUUUAACGUCUCCUUUGCCGAGGUUCCUAGGGAACCUUAUCAGUCUUACUGCCCUUAUCAAAGAAGAUUUGAAUGGAGGUACUUUUUGCCACCGUGGCGUUAUGAGCCAAAGCCUUGCUGGGGGAGCGAGGGCAUUUGGUCGAACUUGGAGAAAUUCGAAUAUUUCGCAGGACGACAAGAAAGUGGAAAGUGAAAUAGAAAUCUCGGUCGGAUUUUGUUCAGGAUAAUGUACUCUUGAUAGGUUGUGUUCCCUGGCACCAGAGACCUUUUUAUCUGUAAUGUAUUCUACACCCAUUCUACGCUAAAUGUACACAUUACGAUUAAAACCUGUCUUUUUGUUAAA